CCCCUCCACGUCACCAUCCGCUUCAGCACCGCGCUCCCCGACCUGCACCUCGACAUCCCCUCGCCGCACCAGACCACCGUCGUCGCGCUGAAACACCUCAUCCGGGGCCCGGCGCAGGCCUCGCUCGCCCGUCUGCGCUUCAUCCACAACGGCCGCAUCCUGCCCGACGGCUCCGUGCUCAGCGCCGUCCUGAGGGCUCCUCCACCACCGCCGAUUUCCCACCACGCCGACCCCAAGGGCAAGGCCCCCGUCGGCGUGCACCCGCACCGCCAGCAGCGCGUCUUCAUCAACUGCAGCAUCGGCGACGCCCUCCCGGCCGCCGACCUCGCCGCCGAAGCCGCCGCGGCCGCGGCCCCUCCCCCACAACCACCCUCGCUCACCUCCGUCGCCCCAUCCCGGGAACCGAGCACGACGACGACAACGACGACAACGACCACCGCCCCGCCACCGCUCGGCUUCGACCGCCUCCUGCAGGCCGGCCUGACCCCGGCCGAGGUGGCCACGCUGCGCUCGCACUUCCGCGCCAUCCACACGGCGCGCUUCACGCCCGACACCAUGCCCUCGCCCGACGCGCUGCGCGCGAUGGAGGACGCGUGGCUGGACAACGACUCUUCUGCCGCUCCUCCUCCUUCCCAUCAUGUAGGUGGUGACGCGUUCGGGCUGAGCGCGGUGGCCGGCCCCCUCAUCCGCGGCAUGUUCAUCGGGUUCGUGUUCCCGCUCGGCGUGGUCGGCUGGCUUGGCAAGGAGGACGGCCUGUGGUCGCGGCGGAUGCAGGUCUUUGUCGCGUUCGGCGUGCUGCUGAGUCUCUCGGUCGGGGUGGUGCGCGCGCUGACGGGGGAG